AUGAAUAUAUUAAUAUUAUUGAUUUUAUAGCCAUGUCUUAUGAUAUAAUUGUUGGAUGGACUAAUAGUAGUGGAAUAUCAAUUUGUUGACUACAACAAUAUUUAAUUUGCUUUAACUUGCAAAACUUAAUUCUGGUGUUUAAUUGGAUUUGGUUCCACAUAUUCAAAUGCUGACAUUAUCAGGAUGUCUAAUGUUAAUGGAGUUUUGAAAAUUGAAGACACCCUAGAGCAGAACAAGAUUUCGUUUACAUCUCCUACUGUCGAUGCUUAGCAAGAUAUAUAUGUUUUGGAUGCUUUGAUAAAUGAUACAUAUAUAUUUUCUUCGUUUUUAAAAUCGACGAACUCAGAUGAUCCCACAGAUGAAUUAAUAGACUCUUAUAAUAAUGUUGAAAUGUUUUAUGCCAUCAAUGAGAAGAGUAUAGAUUUUGAUACUUACACCUAAUUUGGUAGGUUUUAACUUCAAACUUAUUAAUGUCAUUAUACUUGUGCCACAUGUUAUGGACCAUUUGCAUAUUAAUGCACAAUGUGUAAUGAUAAUAGCAUCCAAGUUCUGAAUGGCUAAUGCAAUUCUAAUUACUAUAAUAAUGUAACUGAAUUGCUAAACAAGCAAAUCUUAAUAAAGGAUGAGUUUAUUCUUUAGUGGGAAUAUGAUAAAAAUGAUAAUAUUAUCUUAUAGAUAGAAAUAUUCUCAUGUGAUUGGUUUGGCUUGGGAUUUAACAACGAUAAAAUGGAAAAUACUGAUAUGUUACUCAUUACUAUAGAAACAAUAACCAUCAACAAUGACAAAGGGUAUUAUGUCUAGAUUGAUGACAUGUUUGGAACUCAGAAUACUGCUCCAUUAUCAGACACUCAGUUAUUUGGAACCUAAGAUUGGAUUUUGGAUGGCUUUACAUACAAUAAUGUUACAGAUUUAUUAGUUAUAAGAGUUCAUCGUAAAUUGGUCACUUCUGAUAAAUACGACUUUGACUUUUCGUAAAAGAAGGACACCUUGAGUAUUUAUGCAUUUGGUCUAAAUGGUCAAUAAUACCAUAGUGCCAAUAGAGGGGCAUUUCAAUUUGAAUUGUCUAAGAAUAAUUAAUCCUAUUAAGAAGAUUAUUGGGACAAAUUAGUUCAUAAUGGUCACGUCAUACUCAUGUUAUUAUUUUGGUCAUUUAUUUCAGAUGUCGGCAUAUUUUACGGAAGACAAUUGAAGAGUUAUCCAAAGUAUGUUCGAGUCCAUGGCAUGAUAUUUCUAUUCUUAUCAAUAGUCACCUACUUUUUUGUAUUUGGGAUGAUAUCGUAAUAAUAAAAAAGAAUAUAACAAUUAGGAUAUUAAGAAACCAAAAUAAUUCUUCACUUUAUUCUUGGAGUUGUCAUAUUAUUAAUAAUGACAACACAAAUAUUUUUAGGUUUACUAGCGAGAAAUAAUUUAGAAUCCAAUAAUGGCACAUAUUUGAUUUACAAAGUGAAAUACAUUCAUAAAUAUCUUGGUUACUUAUUGUACAUAAUUACAAAGAUACAAGUAAUUAUUGGAAUUACCAUAUAUGAUUCCUCAUAUAUUGGACUGUUCAUUAUCUAUUACGUCUUAUUGUUUUUAAUUAAAUUUACCAUCGAAAUGCUCUAUUAUUAUUAAGUGUCUGCAAUGUCUCGAAAGAGAAUUAAAUACAGUUAAAUUGAAUAGGACCAACAAACUCUCUAUGAGAGCAUUAUUGAAAAACUGAACACUGGCACUCCAUACUAAGAGAUGAUAGAAGACUAUCCUAAAAUUACAUACAUUAUUCUAAGAGAAGCAGUCUAUGAUGUGAGUGAUUUCAACCAUCCAGGAGGAUAAUACAUCUUCAGAAAAAUCAAAGGUAGAGAAGUUGGACGUUAUUUCUAUGGAUCCUACCCAAUUAAAGACACUAAAUUACAUAAACACUCUUAGUUUGCAAUCAAUUAUAUCGAAACUCGUUAUUUAGGAGAUUUCAAAAAUGAAUCAUGUCCCAUGCUUUACACUGUCUCAGAUUUUAAGAAACCAUCUCAUGUUUGGACAUUACAAGAAAUUAAAUCCAUGGGUACCAAUGUCUCUCUGUUUAAGUUCAUUAACUAAGAUUUUAAAGUGAAUUAAACUAUCUAAGGAGUCUAGUGGUUUGGUAGAUACUUCUAUAUCAAACCAUAUGGCAUUGGAAUAGAUUUCUAAGAGAGACCUUACACAGCUGUUUCAUGCUUAAGUGAAAUGAAUAUCAAAUAUAGGUAUGAAUUGAUUGAGUAUCUCAAAUCAAAAGAUUGGACUAAACCUUUGCCAUAACUGCCACAAUUAUCAAACAUUUUAUAGUUUGUUAUCAAAAAGUAUAAUGGCCAAAAAAACUUAAGCAAGUUCAUUCACACUGCAUCUCAUAAGAGAUUUGAAAUCACAGGACCUUAUGGCUUUGGAUUGGAAUUAGAUGAUCACAGUUCUGGAGUGCAUUAUGUAUUUUGUUAGGGUACUGGUGUUCUGCCAUUUCUGGAUCUAUGUGAUUAUCUUCUAAGAAAGGCUAUAUUUUCCAUUAUGUACCAGGAUGGGUUGCCAAUUCAAUAGCAGUAUAAUUCAUUGGACAAAUUUAAAUUGAUCCUCUGUGUGUCAUCCAAGACUUAAAUUUUGGGAUAUCCUAUUUUAUAAGACUUAGAAUAUUUGAGUGGCUAAUAUAAUCUAAAUUUAUUUGAGUUCCACAUAACAAAGUUGCAUUACACUAAAAGAGACAUACAAGAUAAAUUGAAAUAUUAGGCUGCAAAGGUUUAUGUGUGUGGAUUCCAAUAAUUUGAAGAUGACUUAAUAGAAUUGCUCUAACAAUGUGGUGUAGACUCCAGAUAUAUAGUAUAAAUAUGA